CCUCCCUCCGCCACCAUGACGCGCCGGGGAGGUAGCGGGAGUGGCCGCGGACCCGAGCCUGGGGCCUCGAUUAGUGCCACCGCCGCAUGCCCAGGUGACUCCGGGGUUCGCAGGCUCGUGAGGGCAGCCCUCACGGGACCCCAGGCUCCGGGCAGAGCUCGUUUAGAGAGGCCUUUUUGCGAGGGUUUUUACAGUUCCACUGAGGCUUAUGAACAGGCCGCGGAGCAGGCCGACCUACGGGCACACGGGAAAAGGCAGUCCAGUACCCCAGCCCCGACCCCCGGGCACAGCCUCUCGGGCAGGCUCCAGCUGGAAGCCACAAGACCGCCAGUCCGGAUCUUUCAGGCUGGAACAGACAGCUCAGAGGUUCACAGUAUCUCCAAGAAGUCAGAGCUUCCAUCUCUUUAUUGCAGACUUCAUAUCCUUGCUGCCACCUGGAUUUCAGGUACUUCAGGUUGUGCUUCUGCUGAGUGUAGCUCCUCCCUCUCUUCUCCCUUUAUGCCCUCCCUGCUGGAGAUCUCGCCAAGCCGUGGGACCAACUUCAUCAACCUCUUCUUGGCCCUGACCAUGCUGGCCUGUGUGCCACAGCAAGAAGCUCUGUGGGGAACCCCAGUGCCUGCAGGGUUUGUCCACUCAUGUCCCCAGACCAGCCAUCACUGACUGACAUCCAGGCUUCAGUGGUGUUGUUGGGCAUGCUCAACAAAUUACUUUACUUUAGAAGGAUGAUCAUCUAAUAAUUGAAGACAAACUUUGGUUAAUUACAAUUAAGGAAAAAAUAUAACAUGUCAGGUUAUCAUUAGAAUAAUGAGUCCUAAAAUUAUACUUACUACAAACAGGGUGAAAAGUCAAAUACACCUUGUUCUGUGGAGGCUUUAGAAAGAGCACCAUGGGAAACCUUCCCUGCAGCUACAGGUAUGCAAAUUUUCAUAGGAUUUACUGAUGUGAAAAUGCUCUUUUGUUUGGUUCUUCAAAAGAUGCCAAAGAUUCUGUUUUGAAAUCAAAGCAGAAAUGAAUUUACUUGCUCUUUAUAAAUAAAGCUGUGGUCAACAGUUUUAUUUAUAAAGAUUAACUGAGGGUGUGUGGUACUUCUAAAGGCUUUAAAUCAGGAAGAUAAGACAAGGUAGCCUAUGGUCAGGAAGCUGACAUUCACUACAAGAUUUGUAAAAUGCCUGCAAACUUUUAAGGGAUCUUUAAACAAAAUCAAAAUGAUCUUUAUAUAACAAAAUGUCACAGUAUCCUCAAAACCAAAUCUGACUGAAAGGAUUUUCAUUGUCUCUAAUGUUGCAAAUCCUUUGUAUCUUUCCAGUAAGAAACACUCACCAAAGAUCUCUGUGGGAUGUGAUGAGUGUAACAGCACUUCCCAGACAGUGAAGUCACUCUGUACUGAUGCUGAUUUUCAGCCUUAUCACAGAGGUCAAAAGAAGAGAAAGGGAUCUUGAGGAGAGGCUGAAGCCAAGGCCUAGAAGGUCUGUUUUCCAUCCAGGAUUCAGUGCAAGCUUGGAAAGAGUAAAGAGCUUCUCACCUCAUUCCCCGUAUCAGCAAAUCAGGAUGGCAUAAUCAUAGCAUUUCUAAUCUAAGUAAUAAAUCAGUAUCUGGA